AUGUCCCAGCACGAAUUUUCGCUGCUUUCUCACUUGGGUGUUUCGGUUCCCGAAGUUCCUUCUCAGACGGUGCAGAAGAACAACCGUCGCGAAGGAAACUACCGCGUAUUGGCUCCGUGCAUGCGUCCGCCUGUGAAGGGGGCAAUAGCCGCUCAAGUAAUUUCUCCGCGUCGUGUUCCGAGGGUGCCUCUUGCCGAUUACACCGGAGAAGUGGUGGUGGUGAAGGGGAAAGCCGGCCGCCCGAACACCGAGUACCUUAUUUACAACGCGAGGGUGCCUUGUAUUCGGGCAGUCAACCUGCAGCUGAUGAAAGAACGACGGAGGCAACGCGAAGAGGAGGCCGUUUCCCGCAUUUCACCUGACACCUUUUUUAUUCAAACAAGUGAACGAGAAGAUUUGGCUCGACGACGUCUCUUAGAGCAUCUGCAGAAUAUAAACAGGGAACAGGCGCAGCGCAAGGUGGAAGAAAGGGAGCGUGAGCGGCAGCGCCGUUUAGAAGUUGAGGUGGCGGAGCUAAAGGCGGUAAAAGAGGCUGCCGUCAACGAAGCAGCCGCUCUUUUAAUAAAGAAACAAGCGGCACGCCAGGCCAUGCAGCGGGAAUUAUUAGACGCGAUGGAGCGCAAGAGACAAGAGGCAGCCGAUGGGAACAAUCAUCUGGCGCUGGAGUGUGCUGCCUUUCCGUGGGAUAAUGCUCCUCCGAAUGAGGCAAAGCGGCGAGAGAUUUGUUUGUCUCUCUUGGAUGCGAACCGAAAACUCGCUGAGGACAAGAAAAUGGAGCGGCAAGCGCGAAAGAUAGAGGAGAGGGCCAGAGAAGCAGCGGCAUUGGAAGUGGUACGUGCAGAAGUGGAGAGAGAAGAUAGACGUGCGCUAGAGAAGAAACGAUAUUUGUGUGAGGAACGACAACGUUCUGGCAUGGGAACUUUUGUAAAAGCCGCCCCUGUCGUGUUAGAGACGAGUGAUUUGGGCUCCGAGUGGUUUCUGCGUACCACGAGGGAGGACGCUGGUGCACGGCGCGAGAGACAGCGUGAGUUAAUGGAGGCAAACAAAAGACUGGCGGAAGAAACAAAGAGACGACGUGCCGAGGAAGUGGAGAGGCAAAUACAGCAGGAACGAGAGGCGUUGCGGGAAGCUGAAAGGGCGUACACGCAGAGGAUGGAAUGUGAUUGGGCGGAAAAGCGUAGACAGCAAGAUGAGUUUAAAAAGGAAGCAAGAAAAACGGCUGUUGAACGCCAUGAGAAGAAGCGAAUAUCAACCGAAGAUGACUUGUGCCUCUCUCUAUUUCAAGACAAUUGCCGUAAAGCAGAAAAGGAAAAACAACGCCGAGAACAAUUGUACUGCGAGGAACUGAAAAGUGGAGUGGACAUGGCGCGGGAAUCUCGUCGAGAGGAAAAGGAGCGAGAGGCAAUGCAAGAAAAAAAGUACCUUGAGAUGCAGGAAAUUGAGACGAAGCGCGCGCUGGAAAGAGAACGGGCGAAGGCGUUAGAAAAGCGUGAGGCCUAUCGGAAAGCGCUAGAGGAGCAAAUUCAGUCAAGGAAAACAAAACCAGCCUGUCAGGCCCCUGUGACGCGUCAUGGUUCGGUGUUGAAAGUUUUGUAUCGGUGCCCUGUGACAGGAGACUUAUUGCCGCCGGAUCAAUUCGGCAUUUUUUCUGUCCGACAGCGUCAAUCUGGGUGGAUUUAG